AUGUCAACGCAAACAACUCAAAGGAAAAUUAAAGUAAAUCUUUUGGCAACUGCUGAUGAUCAUCACAUCUCGGUCGGACUGACAAUUAAUGAUGAUGAUUUUCAAGAGGCUAAUAAUAAUAGUAAUGAUGAUGCUAAUUCACUGAUGCAACAUACAAUAACAAAUAUCCUUGAUAAAGCCUCGGAGAAAGAUGAAACUCUUCCUUCCUCAUCAUCAGAGCCUUUGGUAAUUGUGGAUAAUCAACGAGAGCAAGAACAACAAUUUAAUAGAGUUGAGAUUGAUGACGAUGAACAAUGCGAACCAACAAAUAUAUUUACAAUUGAUGAUGAAAAGGAGGAAAUUAAUAGUGAUGAUGAAUUGAAAAAGCCUAAUGUUAGUGAUGAAAUUAAAGAAGAGGAUUUAAAAACACCAAAUACUACACAAGCAUCAACACCUAAAAUUUAUGAAAAGCCUGUUAAAACUCCAAGAUUUGAGGAAUUAACAAUUGAAGAGGAAGAACCUGUCAGAAGAGGAAAUGAAAGAAAUUCCACAAUUCAAGAAAAUAGAAGUAAUGAACAAGCAUCAUUGGAAAAUGACAAGAAUGAUUCUGAAUUUACAUUGACAAGUGUACCAUCUAAAAUUUUGAACUUUUUCGAAAAGUUAAUUAUUAGUAAUAAGGGAAGAAUUGAAAUGAUGAAAAGUCUUGGUAAUUUAAUGUAUCUGGGAAGUAAAACAAGAACAGAUGUUGACGUUGAAAAUGAAAGUUCUGAAACUUUGUCACUCUUGAAUGAUAUUUAUGAAACUGAAAAGAUUUCAACUGUGAUUUCUGUAAUUGGAUGGUAUCAAGACUACGUCUCUGAUAAGCACAAGUUGCAAAAUAAGAGAAUUCAAUCAGAUGAUAGAUUUUCACCAUAUCACAGAGCAGGUCAAUAUUUAAGAUUACUCGAGUGUUUCAUUCUACUUGUUGAAAUUAUUUUCAAAAAGAGAUCAACAUAUGGAGAGAAUGGUAAAAAGAAUUAUUGGAAUUUGUUAAUUAUGACUGAAGUUGUCAAGUAA